AUGUCCGACACAUUCCAGCUGGCCCCUCAGAUAGCUGAACUACCCCUCAGCAUCCUCGACACCGACUUGUACAAGUUGACUAUGCAAAAUGCUGUUUUGCAUCAUUUCCCCGAUGCCGUCGUCGUUUUUCGCUUCACGAAUCGAAACCCUGCCAUGCUGUUCAGUCGAGAAUGUUUCAAUUGGAUCCUGGAACAUGUGAAUAAACUGUCCACCGUCUCCCUCACCCCCGCCGAACGCUCUGCCCUCUCUGCUGCUUGCCCAUAUUUUCCCGACACAUACCUCGACUUUCUCACAUCUCUCCGGUUGAAUCCCCAAGAAGAAGUUGUGCUCACCUUCCACCCCGAGACGCCGGAUGGGAAAUGGGGUAAAAUUGAGUGCGUCAUCAGGGGAUUGUGGAGGGUGUGUAUAUUAUACGAAGUGCCGAUCAUGUCCAUCGAUAAGGCAAAGCGGAAAGCUCUAGACAUGCUAUCGCCACCUACCCCCAUUACACCCUUGGUCUUCUCCGAAUUUGGUACUCGACGCAGACGAAGUUUUCACGUGCAUGAUUUGGUGAUACGUGGUCUGAUCGAGGGCACUAGGGAGCAUGCGGCUUUAGGGAAGACAGGUGGGGCCUUGGCAGGUACCAGUAACGUCUAUCUGGCACUCAAGUAUGGCGUAAAGCCUUCUGGGACAAUAGCUCACGAAUGGAUCAUGGCGAUUGGGGCCAUCUUUGGUUACAAAGGUGCCAAUGGUCGGGCUAUGGACAUGUGGGAAGAGGUCUACCCAAGAGAUGUGCCCGAGCCCGCGCCAUUGACCAUGCUCACAGACACAUUCACCGCUCAAGCCUUCUUUGUCGAUUUCAUUGCGUCCCCUUCUCGUGCCUUGCGGUGGGGUGCACUGAGACAAGAUUCUGGAGAUCCUUUUACCUUUGCUGGCGAGGCUAAGCAAGCGUACGCAGAGGUGGAGAAAUUGGCCGGUGUGGAUAAUGGAGGUGUGGUAGCAAAGGGAAAGAGGGUGGUGUUUAGUGAUGGCUUAGAUGUGGAGAAGGCCAUCGCUCUUCAGAAGGUGUGUGAUGAGAUUGGAAUGUCAGCUGCUUUUGGCAUAGGCACCUCCUUGACAAACGAUUUCAUGAAAGCUUCAGACCCGAGUCAAGUGUCCAAACCCCUCAACAUUGUCAUUAAACUUAGUGAGAUCAAUGGACUUGAUUGUGUCAAGUUGUCAGACGAUAAGGGGAAGUCCUUAUAUCAGUACGACACUACCCAGACUCGUCUCAUAUCAUUCACGAUGGUGUGUCUAUAUCUGACAAACAGUACACGGGCAAUGUUGAAGAGGUGAGAAGGGUGCAGCAUGAGUUGGGUCUUCCUGGCGAGCACGAGGGUACCCGUAGGGGUUAGGGUCUGAGAUGACAUCGGUUUGCCCGGUGGUAUGAAUGAUCUAGUGUGGAGAGUAAGGAGAUCUUAACAUCUAGAGUAUAUAGAUCUAGGACGUUUCGUUGUAUAC